AUGGAAACCUCCUGUGCUUCCGCGUGGGAAUCUGAUGAACUUCCUAUGAACACUGGCGAUACUGAUUCAUUGUGUUCAGCAUUGGGGACUGUUAGACCCAACGAAACAUGUGUUGAUAUCCCACAGUACUACUUAUUCAACCGCAUACCCACACUAACAUUCUACCACGCUCCCACCCUGCCAUGCUCUGCCACUCUCUCAAUCUACCACACUCUCACCCUGCCAUAUUCUGCCACUCUCCCACGCUGCCAUACUCUGCCACUCUCCCACGCUGCCAUACUCUACCACUCUCUCACCCUGCCAUACUGCGUCACAUGCUGCCACUCUAACACACAUCCACUCGUCCUACCACACCCAACAAUCCUAGGAAGUCGCAGCCAGUCUUCUUAUUGGAACUGUCUAGUCCCUCCAAACAUCGUCGACAGCCAGAGCUCCGGAGACAUGAUGGUGCAAGAAGGUGCCAACAUCAACCUCACCUGCAGUGCCACGGGGACUCCGAUGCCCUCCAUUACCUGGCGGAGAGAAGACCAUGAGCCAAUCACCAUUAACAAGACGUUGCGAGUGACGGAAUAUAACGGAGCCAACCUUCCGCUGACGAAAAUCAGCAGAGUGGACAUGGCUGCUUACCUCUGCAUAGCUCGCAACGGCGUCCCUCCCAUUGUCAGCAAGAGAAUCCAAGUCAGCGUAGAUUUUCCACCCAUGAUGAGUAUCCCGCACCAGCUUGUAGGCGCCCCCUUGGGUUACAGCAUCACCCUCGAAUGCACUAUCGAGGCUCACCCCCCCGCCCUCACCUACUGGACGAGGGGUCAGGAUGUCAUGCUUCACCCUAGUCGCAAGUACAGCAUCGAAGAGAGGUUCGGGAAGGUGUCAUACUGCACGCAUAUGAAGCUCACCAUAAGGAGUUUGAAGGCAGAAGAUUUUGGCUCUUACAAGUGCGUCGCCAAGAAUUCACGUGGCGAAACGGAGGGUCUCAUAAAACUCUACGGAAUAUGA